AAACGCAAGCUCGGCGGCGGGAGGGCCUACCCGGCCCCCCGCGGCGCCGCCAGGGGGCGCUCGGGCCCCAGGCUGGCCGCGGCCCUGUGUCGGGCUCCCGGCCGUCGAGCCGCCUGGUCUCGCGGCGUCCGGCGGCGCUCGUGUGGAAGCGCCCGUUGGCGUGCAGGCUUCGCAGAGCUUUCUCGGUCAGCUCCCGAGGCGAGGGCCCCGGGCUCCAAGGUGACGGCUGAGGCAGAGAGAGAGUGAAAGAGAAUAAGAGCAAGAGAAAGAGAGAGGAAGAGAGAGAGCACGAACCCACAGGAGCCUCAUACACGCGAAACAUCAAACAUCUACUUGUUGCUCCACCCAUCGAUGCAUUCAUUGGUUGAUUCCUGCACCUCUCCUGACCUGGGAUUGAACCUGCUGCUUUGGCAUAUUGGACUUCAUAUAGAGCUUGGCACAUUGUAGGAGCUCAGGCAGCGUGGGUGGCAUUGAAUGGAACCAAGGAGAUACCCACAAAGGUGCUGCCUCUGACUAAAGCCACCCUGAGGCAGCUGACAAAGUGCAAAGGCAAAGGUUGUCCUGUCAUAAAGCCCCCUAAGACAUGAUGUCACACACCCAGAGACAACUCUCCUGGAGAAAGGGAGGGGCUGUAUUCUGGACUCCUAGACUUAGGGUGCUCUUCUCAGGCUCAGCCUGGAGCCUGAGGGAAGGCCUCUCUCAGAAAAAGCUCAUCACGUCCCUCACACUAUUACAACCGAAUAACAAAGCCUAUUGUGAACCCGGGGCUAGCAGUAUCCCCGGAGAAGCUGGUGGAGGGGACACUGAGGUGCUGUGCCGCCCUGCGCCCUGCAGAGAAAGGAAACUGAGAAUGGCGUUCGGUACAUGCUGCCAGAGAGAGAGGCUCAAGUUCCUGUACGUAGUACAAACCUUCAUUCUUGCAGGAAUGGUAUGCUACUCUUUUCAGGGGUCUGUGGACAAAACAGCUCCUGACCAUGACCUUGCUGGGGAAUCACCGCAGCCCAUAGGCGAGACCUUAAGGCCAGUGUGGGGGCCGAUGGAUAAGUGCUACCCUGUGACCACUCAGGCCACGGCCCUUGAGGCAACGGGAGGGCUGAGCCAUGCCGCCGCCAAGGAGGAGCCUGUCGUCCAGUCUCAGAGUGCAGGGGAGGUGAGGUCCCCAGCGGAGGAAGCGGCCAGCCCCAUUCCUGCCGCGAAGGAAGUGGCUGAGGAGGAGGAGGUGGCGGGGAACCCCGGCCCGGAGGGAAAUAAAGUGGUCCGAGAGGGCGCUGCUGUGUAUCCUUCUGAAGCUUCUGAGGUGGAGAGCAAGGAGGACAGGCCCCGCGGGGCGCCAGCCGAAGCUCUGGCUCGGCUGGUUCCCAGCCUCUGACAGCCCCAAGACUCAGAACCCUGGAUGACAGCUGUGCAAUAAAUGCACGAGGUGAUGCCUGUGUGGCCCCACUGCCUCCUCGCAGGGCCUCGCGUGUGCACAGACUCAGUGUGGCCCCGCUGGC